AAACUUGGCUGAACAAAUCAGUCAAAAACGCCGAAGUCGAAAUUGAAGGUUAUAAAAUAUUUAGACCGGACCGAAAGGACAAACGCGGCGGGGGACUGUGCGCGUACAUUCGUAGCCCGUUAAAGGCACAAAUAUUGAAAGACUUGUCCGGUACAUCAACAACCUGGUUUCAGCAACUUUGGUUACAAGUUCAAUAUAAAAAGAUUAGAUCAUUCGCAAUCUGUGCUGUUUAUAGACCUCCUGAUUGUCAUGUUUCCUGUUUUGAGGAUUUUUUAAAGCCUUCUUCGACCUACGCUUUAUCGCUCAACAAGCCUGUAAUAAUUCUAGGCGAUUUAAAUUGCAAUCUUUUACAACAAAAUCCUGACGGUUUGUCAUUGCUGAAUUUUGCUUCUGAAUUGAACCUCAAACAAUUGAUUACUUCACCCACUAGGAUCACUGAAUCUAGUGAAUCAUUAAUAGACGUUGUAAUGUCCUCGACUACGGAUCUUGUACAGGAAAGUGGAGUUAUUGAAAGUAAAGUAAAGAUUCGGAACAGAUUGCAAAUUAAUUCAACCAAUUUUUUAUCGCUGUUGGAGAAAAAACUGCAAACGCUGCAGCUCAAGUAG